UGGAAUUCUGCCUCUGGGCGACUGCGCCAAGAACCGUUAGAUCUGGGUCGCUCCUGCCGUACCGUGGUAACGUGCUGCGUGCUAUUCUUGGAAUGGAUCGGGGUCGAUCACCCUUCGACCCAUGUCCGGUUCGGUGCAACAAACACGCCAAAAGUCUCCUUUACUGUAGUCGUACCGCAGUUGAGUUGACUCUCUCACCUCUGCGGCACACUUCCUGCUGCUUGCUUCGGUAGUAAUGACCUCCCCCAAGGCUGACGUCGACCUCCGUCAUCCGGUUCCGGAUCUCCAGUCGCUACAAGGGGCGUAUGUCGGCAACAUCAAUCGCCUGGAAGAACAUGCCGAACGCAUGAGCGAGGCCGGCUCAGACCUGCAGGAGGAGAUACGAAAGACGUAUUCAGAACUAAAGCUGACUGACAGUCGACGCUCGUCAUUGCGCGACAUACACUCUCCCGACGAGCCCACCCGCCAGGCCAGUACCCGCAGUCGCGGCGUUUCGAUCAGCUCGCACGCCAAUUCAAUUGUAGACCUCAAUGGAAAUGCACGAUGGGGUGGAUACUCUCCGGGCGGUUACAUAACCUCGCCCGCCGGUUCGCUGCGCUCCGGCACGGGACCCUGGCCGAAACCCUCGAAUUCAGUCCAGCGCCAACGCUCGGAAUCAAAGGCUUCGCGUCUUGGGCAGAUCGUACACCCCGAGGAGGUCGAGGAGGAAUCAUACCAACACCAAAAUGAACAAGGUGACGAAGGCUCCUCUGCUUCUCCCCCACAGCGAAAGGUCUCGUCCUUUACACGCAUAUUCGAUGAGGUUGCGAAUGGUUUGCCAGAAGAGCUGCGCAAUAGUAUCCAGUUGGGGCGACCUGACCCCGACGAGCUCACACACGAGGACACACAUUACCAGUAUGCAGACCACCGCGAUCUCCCAGACCGGCCCCCGACAGCAGCCUCGACCGAUACCACACACCAAGCACGUACACUAUGGCAGGACUUUGACGGCGUCCACUGUCCAGACACUGUCGAGGAGGAGCCAGAGCCGUCGCAUCACAGUCGGCAGAGUAGUUAUGCCCACAGCCGGCAUUCGUCAAACCCCCAGUCUUUUAUGCAUAGACAGAACCCGAGCGUUCACUCGAUAGGCGCGCCGCCACCAGACGACGGCAUGGUUUUCUAUCCCGCCCCUGUGCCAAAGAUGCUCAACCUGCCAAAGCGUCUAUCGCAAUUGCCUAACAUGAACCAGCAAGCUAAACGCCGGACACAGCUGUUGGAAACAAUGCAGACAGAGCAUAGAAAGUCAAUGCCGCUGCUCGGUGACAAUCUCAUGGACGCGAAGCCCAACAAGAAGAGUCGACAAAGUCUCAUGGCUCUCCCCCCACAAUUACGAGCAAGCGCUUACUUUGAUAAUCGAGCUGCCCCCGCCCAGGAGUUUGCCGUCAAGGGAGAGUCUGCAGAAGACACGCUUGAAAGCAUCCUGGAUGCUUCUGCUAAUGCUCCAGUAUCUGCCUUUACCGACCAUCCGUUCGCUGGACAUGUAGGCAAUGAAGUGUACGGGCCAGAGCACAAACGGAAGAGUUCGAAAUUACCUGAAGUUCCACCAACACUGCAACAGACGCAAAGACGGAGCUCAUUCAAUAUCCUGGAUACUGACCACAAUGCAAAAGGCGAACGUCUAAAGAAGCUGAAGAAGCGGAAUAGCUCAGCUGAUAUGAACCUGCUGCUUGUGAAGGCAAGCGAGAGUCGGAUGAGCCUCGGCGAUCAGUUGGAGGAGCGUGACGAGGAUGCACGAGGACCGGCCGGGCAUGAUCCCGAUGCCUCGCGGCCCUCAUUCGAGGAAGGACAUCCGGAGGACGCCUAUGAAGAAGAAGAAUCGAGUGAAGAGGAGGGCGAGCCAGAACCGGAGUACGGCGCGCCGACCACGCUCCUCGCUGAGCUCCAGAUACGCAAAGCAAAACAACAGACUAGGAAGAUGAACUACGUGACAUUGAUGGAGCAGGGGCUGAUUGAUGGUCGCCAAACUCUGCUGCAGAUGAACGACGUGGCUGAGGCGGAAAAGCAACGGCGAAUCCGCAAGAGAGUCAAUCUGGCUUGGGAGGCACCCGCGGAGGAGGAUUCUGACGAUGAUGUGCCGCUUGGCGUUCUCUACAAGCAGACUGCGCCUCCACAAAUGCGACAAAAGAGCAUGGGUCUUAUCGAGCAGCGAGAGUUGGAGGAUCGCGAGCCCCUUAGCAGUCGCCGUAACAGGUUACUUGGUGCCGACCACAACCAGCGUCGUACUCAAUACCUAGGAGCGUCUACCAGCCAGAUCAACAUCCCCCAAAUCACAACCCCCGACCCAGACUCGGAUGAGGAGCCGGGCGAGUCCCUGGCUGAUCGUAUGCGUCGUAUCAAGGAAAAGAAAGAACGUGAGACAGCGCUCGGUGACGUGCGUAAGAGCACAGUAAGUGAUGACUUUGCCUCUGAGAUGAUGAGCAAGUUUGGUGCACCAGAGGCCACUGGCCAAGAACAGUCCAAAGAUGCACCUGCUGCACCUGUUCCCGCUGAGGAAGAGGAAGAGGAAGAGACACUUGGCCAACGCCGUGCUCGUCUCCAAGCCGAAGCUGCCGCCCGAGGAGAACAGGCCCCGCAACCUGGCGCCCACCGUCCCGGUCUCGCUUCCACCAACAGUCUCGCAGACAUCCUCUCCGCCAACCCCAUCGACCCUCACAACCAAGCUCGCAAGGUCUCAAAUGAGCAGCUCGUCUCUCACCUCCCCCAAGGAAGUCUUUUGCACCAAAAUGUCCUCGAUCAAGAGCGUAAGAAACAACAACGUCUCACAGCCACCAUGCGCGCCAGCAGCUAUGGCUCUAUGGACCCCCUGCUCAAGGGCGUGGGCAAUAACCAAAAGGACGACGAUGACAUCCCCCUCGGCCAGAAGAUUCAAGCCUACAAGAACGCCCAGAACCCCAUGAUGAUGAACGGGCAGCAGAGAAUGAGUACCAUGCCUCAGCAAGGUAUGAUGGGUAUGCAGAUGCCUAUGCAGAUGAAUGGUAUGCAACAACCCAUGAUGGGCCAGAUGGGACCGAUGGGUAUGCAAAUGGGCAUGCAGCAGCCCGGCAUGAUGCAACAAAACCCCAUGAUGGGUAUGCCCAUGCAAAUGAACGGCAUGGGCAUGCAGAUGCCAAUGCAGAUGAAUGGCAUGCAAAUGGGCGGCAUGCAGAUGCCCAUGGGCAUGAAUGGCAUGAACAUGGGUAUGAUGCAGGGGGGCAUGAUGGGCCCGCCUAUGGAUCCCAGACAGCGAGAUCAGAUUGAUCGGUGGAUGCAAGGAAUUAGACAUUAGCGUUGUAGCGUAUUCUGUUGGCGUCUGGCAUCUCGUUCCGCACGGCAUCGUAAAGCGUUCUGUUUCCUUCUUGGAAAGGGGGCAUUUUAGCAGUAUUUGCGUGGCAAAUCAGCGUUUUGGGCAUAGAAUUAGCAUAUUUUUAGUAAUUUCGAGGGCACAUACAUAUGGGAUGAUGAUGA